AUGAAAAUAGCUCAGGGUUCUUGGGAGUACUCACCACAAAAGUUAGUAAGAAACGAAGAGGAUGAUGAGGUAGUCGCGUGGCCACAACCGGGUCUUCCAUCAAAGUUAUGUAUCUCUGAUCUUAAAGCAUCCAUUCACUAUACUUUUGAUAUGAAAGAUCUUGGUUCUCUUAGUUAUUUUAUUGGCCUUGAAGUCAUAUACUCAGAAGACGGUAUCUAUCUUUUUCAAGCUAAGUAUGCUUCUGAUCUUCUUACUCGAGCUGGAAUUACAGAUAAUUGCACUGAGUCUACUCCUCUUGAGCCUGAUGUUCGGUUUACUCCUUUGGAUGGAACUAUUUUGGAUAAUCCUAUUUUUUAUCGACAAUUAGUUAGAGGUUUCGUCUACUUGACCGUCACACGACCAGGCAUCGUCUAUCUAGUCCAUGUUCUUAGCCAGUUCUUUUCAACUCCUCGUACUACUCACUUUGCGGCAGUUCUUCAUAUUCUUCGCUACAUCAAAGACACUCUGUUUCAUGGCCUUCAUUUUUCUCAAGCCAAGAAGCAAAUGUUCACUACUCGAUCAACCAUCGAAACUGAACACCGUGCUCUCGCUAAUACUACUAUUGAAGUUGUCUUAAUUCGUUAG